GCAGUGUGAGGGAGGGGGCUUGUUUUUAGCAGUCAACAAGGUCGUUCUUUGUGUCAAAAAUUGAGCUUGUGACGAAUAUUUAAGUUUUUAUUAUUUACAUCUGGUGAUUGACUGUUUGUGCGUGGUAACAAAGGUCGUAGUGCGCGUAUGACUGUAAACGUAAUAAGUUUUUAGAGAAAAUUGUAGCUACGGACGUUCCAAUGAGUUUGGGAGGAGGUAACAGCUCAGAGGGACCAAAUGCAGGUGGAAUAUUUGUACAAUUUAACCAGGAUUGCACAUCACUAGUAGCAGGCAGCAGUAGUGGAUAUCACCUAUUUUCAUUAACACCUGACGAUGGCAUUGAAGAGAUUUAUGGGAGCCGCUCAGGACAGGAAACAUGUCUUGUUGACAGACUGUUUAGCAGUUCCCUGGUCGCUAUUGUCACAGUAUCUGCUCCAAGGAAGCUGAUAGUAUGUCACUACAAAAAGGGAACAGAGAUUUGUAACUACAGUUACAGCAAUACGAUCCUGGCUGUGAAACUGAAUCGCUCUAGGCUUAUAGUAUGCCUGGAAGAGUCCCUUCACAUUCACAACAUUCGGGACAUGAAGAUUCUUCAUACGAUCAGAGACACGCCACCGAACGCACGCGGCCUAUGUGCGUUGUCGCCUUGUGUUGAUCACUGCUACGUGGCAUAUCCAGGGUCUAGCGCCGUGGGUGAGGUGCAGAUAUUUGAUGCUGUUCAUUUGAACGCCAAGUGUGUAAUCAGCGCUCACGACAGCCCGCUAGCCGCUCUAGCGUGGUCUAUGUGUGGGCGGCGAUUGGCCACCGCCUCCGAACGCGGGACCGUUAUACGCGUAUUCGCAGUUCCGGAGCGUACGCGCCUCUAUGAGUUCCGUCGCGGGAUGAAGCGCUGCGUGUCAAUCGCCUGUUUGGCCUUCAGCGCUUGUGGCGCUUAUUUGGCUGCCACUUCUAAUACGGAGACUGUACAUGUCUUUAGGUUACAGGAGAACGCCGAAAGAGCGGUAGAAGAUAGCGCCGCAGCGGGCAAUUCCCCAACAGAGCCUGGCUGGGUUGACUGGAUGUCGCAGACCUUGUCCGCCGGCUUGGUUUAUCUUCCUGCCCAGGUUACGGAUGUGCUGAGCCAGGGACGGGCCUUUGCAUCUGCCAAAUUACCCAGGGCUGGGUACCGUGCUGUCGCUGCGGUCACCAACGUAUCCCGUCAAGCGCGUUUGCUUGUAGCGACCUCUGAGGGCAUACUGUACGUGUACUCGUUAGACCCUACCGAAGGUGGGGAGUGUACGUUACUUCGUACGCACAGUUUGUUGGAGCCGCGUGCACCUGCUAACGAUGUCGCCUCGGGAUGCAGUUACGCGGGCGCGCUGCGCGGACGCCUCCCGGAAGACAUGACAGAAUCAGAACGUGAGCACGAGUUAAACACAGCAAUGGCCGGAUCACCGCCAAGAGGCUCUUAUGAUAUCCGCGACCCUCGACAUUUCCCGCCCAUGCGCGCUCCCACCGAUACAUCCGCUACCGAAUAGGUCACUUUCGUCACUGAUGUUGCUGCAUUACGCCAUUCUAAUAAACAGAAUGUUAAAAAUGAGACUUCCACCAAUGUAAUAAAUACCCCUUUAAAUUUUGAUAACUGGAAAUAAUUUUAAUGGUCUUAAUAUGAUAUUAAUAAAAAAUUGAAUGAUAAUAUUGUUUAAUAAACUCGUUACACAAUUAAUUUAAAUUGUUAUCAAUACAAAAUUGUAAGUGGAGCAAUGAUUCAAAAUGUGGCAACAUUUGUGUAAUUUCCCUUAAUAAAUUAGUAUUUUAAUGCUAUUGCAAUUUGUAUUUGAUUAAAUAUUACAGCACUUUGAUGUAACACUUCGUGUACACUAUAAGAAUACAUAAAAGAAACUCGCGAAGCGUAAAAAAUGAUGCAAUGAGUUACAAAUCUGGAAAUAUUAUUUUUUGUUUAAUGAAGUGGUACAAAAUAAGAGCUAUUACUACUUCAACUGUUUAUUGUUUAGAAUAUGACACACAUUAGAUAUGUUGUAAAGUCUACUAUUUAUAGAAUACACGAUUUCUAUCGAUAAUAAACAGUUAUGAAGUAUUUAGUUUUAAUCAAUUUGAUGUUUAAAUUUGCAUUAGAAAAAUAUAAAAAAAAUGUCACUUACCUUUUAGAAUGGGUAACAAUACCUGUAUUAUACUAAUAAUCUUCCUGUUUAUAUACACAUAACGGGGUGUAUAUAGGAGUCAGUGAGUUUGAAUUUAGUUGUAAUUUGAUCUGAGCUCACUUUGAUAUCGGAGCGGUGUGUGGGCUCACUUGUAUAUAAAUUGUAAUUAUAUUGAGCGACAUGUAUAUUUUUAUUAUUAGACUAUGCUAUGUGAUAUCGAUUAUGUGUACGGCUAUUUGUGUUUUAGACUAGAGCUCGUAAUAUUUUUAUAAACACCACAAUUUCUGUACUGGCAAAGCUACAAUAUCUAAUGCAUAAUGUGUCGCUUAUAAAUGAAAAUAAUAAGCAAAGGAUUUUGGUAAUUUCUUCCGUAACCAUUGGUGGUUAAAACAAUAUUUUGAUUAAUUUUACUGAAAGUUUUGUAUUAAGCAUUCGAUUAGGUAAAAUUAUUGACAUUUAUUAAUAAUGCAUUAGGCUGUUAAUUGUGUGUAUGUUUGAGAGUCCGCAAAAAAGUUGGAAAAAGUUGUAAAUAAAAAUAAGCGGACUUGUAUCGGAUAAAUUUUUGUUGCGUUGAGGUUUACGAAAAUCUUUCUUUGUGUAUAAAUGUUACACGUAGGCCUGUUUAAAGUUUAAAUCUAUGGACACUUAAGUACAUAUAUUGAAUAAUAUAUGUAAAAACGUAGCCCAAAAUAGUAUAUAUACUGUUGUUUUAGCAAAAAAUAGUUGUCACCCGUUGUAAUAGUCUAAGAACAUUUCGUAAUUACAAACAAUCUGGGUCUAAAUCUAAAUUUCGUAAGGAUUACAUUAUAGUCUUUGUUUUGUUGUUCAAGACCAUAAACCGACAGCUCUCUGCUAAUCCUUGUUGCUUUUGAGCGCUGUAAAUGUCCCUGUUGCUUAGAUACAAAAUUGUACAUAUUAAAUAAAUAUUUUUACAAAACACCAA